GGAGCUGCGCGAGUUAAAGUUGGGCUACAGGGGGGUGAGAGGAUGCUGCAGAACAAUCUACGAUCUAAUUAACAUAUCAUAUGCGGAGAAACGUGUCCUAAGUGAAGGAUGACUUGCAAAAUACUGAGCAUAUGCCUCUUAUUUUUGGGUUUUCAACAUUGCUCAUCACGAGAAUGUGUUGAUCCGCUGGUCUCCGGGCUCUAUGCCUCAUCCUUCCUGGCCUCCUCCAGAUAUAACUUUCUUUACUCUGCCAAUUUUGCCAAAUUGUAUGGCAGCAGUGGCUGGUCCCCAUCUGCCAGGGACAGACAGCCAUGGCUGCAGGUAGACCUGGGCAGGAAGUAUCGACUGGUGGCCAUCGCCACCCAGGGGACCUUCAACUCAUAUGACUGGAUCACCAAGUACACCCUGCUCUACGGAGACCGACCUGACUCCUGGACGCCGUACAUCAUGCAAGGAGGAAACUCUACGCUGCCUGCAAACUGGAAUUAUUAUCAGGAGAAGAGGAAUGUCUUCCAUUACGCCUUUACUGCUAAACACAUUCGUCUGCUGCCGCUGGCGUGGAACACAGAGAAUGGAGGGAAGAUCGGUGUGAGGCUGGAGCUGUAUGGCUGCUCGUACGAUUCCUAUGUGCUACAGUACAACGGGGAUGACUCAGUGGUCUACAUGUACCCAGAAAAAAGGUCCCGUACACAACACGACCUUAUUUCCAUGAACUUCAAGACUCUGGAGCAGGAUGGUCUUCUGUUACACAGUGAGGGGAUUCAAGGAGACCUCUUAACCUUGGAGCUGAAGAGAGGCCGUCUUUACCUGCACAUUAGCCUAGGAAGCAGUGUAAUACACAAUGUUAAUGGUCGAACUACACUGACCGCUGGCAGCCUUCUUGAUAAUCUACAUUGGCACUAUGUCACUAUCAAGCGCUAUGGUCGACAGGUGAACUUCACAGUGGACAGUCACACAGUCACAGGAGUCUGUAAAGGAGAGUUUACACACUUGGAUUUAGAUACACAGUUAUAUGUAGGAGGUGUCAUAGAGCAAAAUUUGCCUCACCUGCCCACUACACCAAAUUUCCGGGGCUGCCUGGAAAACGUCUUUAUCAACGAUGUCAACAUCAUUAAUAUGGCUAAGAGGGAAGAACCUGAAAUCCGAAUCCCACGAAAGAAAAAGAUGCAUUAUGCCUGCAGGGACAUUCUGCUCAAACCAAUGACUUUUGCUGGGCCCAACAACUACCUGCAGGUGCCAGGCUUCUUCAGGAGGCCUCGUAUGUUUGUGAAGUUUAAGUUCCGCUCAUGGGACUACACAGGGCUGCUAAUGUUCACACGAUUUGCUGAUGACCUGGGCGCCCUUGAGCUGGGCCUAAGCGAGGGUCAGAUCAACGUCACUAUAUUCCAGCCUGGCAAGAAGAAGCUCCAGUUUGCUGCAGGCUACAGGCUAAAUGAUGGUUACUGGCAUACAGUGGAUUUGGCAGCCAGAGACAACCUGCUAACCCUCACAAUUGAUGAGGAGGAGGGCUCGCCACUGAAGAUCACUAACCCUUUCACAAUUCGUACAGGAGACCGCUACUUUUUUGGAGGUUGUCCGAAAACUAAUAACACAAUAAGGAAGUGUGAGACGAAGCUGAACCGCUUCCAUGGUUGCAUGCAGCAUAUCUUUAUAGACAAUGAACAGCUUGAUAUCGACAUUAUUCUGCAACGACAGUGGGGGCGCUAUGCUGAGCUGUUGUUGGGCACCUGUGGCAUCACUGACAGAUGUAGUCCAAAUCCAUGUGAACAUGAAGGCAGAUGCAUCCAGUCCUAUGAUGACUUCAUCUGCCUGUGUGAGAACACAGGCUACAAAGGAGAAGUGUGUCACAUGUCGGUCUAUAAAGAGUCAUGCGAGGCCUAUCGACUCAGUGGCAAGUAUUGGUCUGGAAACUACACCAUCGAUCCUGAUCUCAGUGGACCUCUGAAACCAUUUGAAGUGUACUGCAAAAUGAAGUCAUAUAAAGCUUGGACAGUCAUUUUAAAUGAUCGUGUGGACGGUACCAAGGUUUCUGGGAGUUCAAUAGACCGGCCGUAUAUUGGAAAUGUGAACUACUGGAACGCCUCGUGGGAUGAAGUCACUGCUCUAGCCAACACCUCCAUGUACUGUGAGCAGUGGAUCGACUACUCCUGCUACAAGUCCCGUCUCCUCAACACCCCCAAUGGAAGACCUUUUGGAUACUGGAUUGGUCGUAACAACGUGAGUCACUAUUACUGGGGUGGAACAUUCAGAGAGGUACAAAAGUGUGGCUGCGCGAUCAACCGAACCUGCACCGAUCCCAAAUUUCAAUGCAACUGUGAUGCUGACUAUAGACAAUGGUACUCAGAUAAAGGCUACUUAGACUUUAGAGACCACCUGCCUGUGAGGAGGGUGGUGGUCGGGGACACCAACAGGACCGGCUCAGAAGCACAGUACACCGUCGGGCCCCUUCGCUGCCAUGGCGACAGAAACAUCUGGAACACCAUAGCCUUCACCAAGCCUACGUACAUUACCUUCCCCACCUUCAGGCCAGGCUCCAGUGCUGACAUCUCCUUCCACUUCAAAACCUAUCGUGACCACGGGGUCUUCUUGGAGAAUUCUGAUGACCAACUUCGAAACUUCAUACGUAUAGAGCUGAAUUCCACACAUAACCUUUUGUUUUUGUUUAUGGUUGGUGAUGGCAUCAUUAAUGUGACACUACGCUCUCCUGUUGCACUCAAUGACAACGAGUGGCACUUUGUUCAGGCUGAGCUUAAUGUGAAGCUGGCCCGAAUCAAGGUUGAUUACCAGCCUUGGGCUGUUACUCGUUUUCCAGGUCAGACUUUCGUCACCAUGAAGUUUACGCAUCCUGUUCUAGUAGGUGCAGCCAACCGCACCCUGAGACCUUUCUUGGGUUGUCUUCGAGGGUUGCGGAUGAACGGUGUUCCUAUUGAUCUAGAGGGGAAAGUAAAUGAAGAACAGGGUAUAAGGAGGAACUGUACUGGACAGUGUCUGAAUGCUACCAUACCAUGCAGACACGACGGCCAGUGUAUGGAGGGCUAUGCCGCCUACACUUGUGACUGUAACAACACAGCUUAUGAUGGUUUCUACUGCCAUAAAGACAUCGGAGCUCACUUUGAAAUUGGCUCGUGGCUGAGAUACAACAUACGAAAGAAACCUAUAUCGGACGAAGCAGCAUGGGCCAACUGGAUCGAUCCGCAUUACGACAACUUCAGCCUCGGCUACAAUGACACAGCAGAUGAUAUAGAGUUCAGUUUCAGCACCGUUCACAAGCCAGCGGUGUUGCUCUACAUCAGCUCCUUCGUCCAGGACUACAUUGCUAUAAUCCUCAAGACUGAUGGUAGUGUGGAUCUGAGGUAUAAGCUUGGACUCAUAACACACAAGUACCAGCUGACUCACAGAAACCUGGCAGAUGGAUACCCCCACUUCGUGAACAUAACCAGACACAACAGAACCAUCAAAACACAGGUGGAUUACAUGGAGCCCAUAGUGGAAAAGAUAACCUUAGUGGAGGACGCCAGGUUUGACUCUCCAAAGUCCAUGUUCCUGGGCAGAGUGAUGGAGGUUGGUGACAUUGACUAUGAGAUCCAGAGGCAUAAUUCUCCUGGCUUCAUAGGCUGCAUAUCUGGGGUGAGAUACAACGUCUACGCCCCUUUAAAGGCCUUCUUCCGUCCAAAUGAAACGGAUCCUCCGGUAAAGACACAAGGCUACGUGUCUGAGUCCAACUGUGGCGCCUUCCCUCCCAUCCUGGGUUAUGUACCGUGGGAGGUAGACCCCUGGUUUACCACUAUAGAGUAUGUUUAUAUCCAUGACGACCUAGGCCUGUUUUGGAUAACAGUCAUUGUCGUCCUGGCGCUGCUGCUGCUCUUUGGAGGCCUGUACAGCAUCUACGUCUACGCGUAUCAGCAGAAGGGAAGCUACCGCACCAAUGAACCCAAGAACCUGGAGUCCCCCAGCAGCUCCAGGCCUCUGACCGAGACCCUGAGAAGAGAAAAGAAGAACCUCCCGGAAAUUGAAGAGGAGUUCAGGAACAACUAGCAUGACAGGACUUUUGGGAUAGUGGGUGGGGUUUGAAUGGGGAUUGGGGAGAGGGAAAUAGCACUUAAAACAACCACAGAUACCUGUAUUAAGUUUUCUAGUUCUUUCGUUCUCUUUUUUUUGUUUUUUUUUUGUUUUGUUUCCGUUGAGUGGGAUCAGACGGCUGGUGCUCUACAUAGUGCGUGUUUUGGUAAGGGUUACAAGUUCACAACAAGCCCCAUGUUGCGGGAGUAGCCAACAAGUCUCACACUGUAUUGCAGGGUGAAAUACUGAAGUGCCUCAUCUGAGCAAGCUCGAUCUGAAGAAACAUAGUUCCUUCAGAUCGGGUUUAGAUUAGACGCUGUGGGAUCAGGAUUUUAAGGGAUGUUUAGUUAGAACAUCAGUUUCAUGUAUUCUAACCCGUUUAUUGAUUUCCUGAGACAUUUUUGAGACCGAUUAAUGCUACCAAUAUCUUACUGUAUAGAUUCAUUGCCAUCUAAGAUAUACCUUUUGAUGACAAUCUCUGAUGGAGCCAUUUUUGACAUCAUAGUCCGUCUUGGGUUUGAGCAGUGAACACAUCUGAGAACUAGUGAACUAACCCAGCGCAACACAAAUCCAGGUCACUAAAACAAAAGUGGUGUUCAUGAAUAAAAACUACCGACACUGGCAUGGAGCUUUGACAUGUUAAGCUUUGAGAUGAUGCAUAUAAAGAUUGUAAGAGGUAUAUACGCUUAUACUUGUUGUAUUGCAGCCUAUAACAGCGCAUUACCUAUACAGAAUGGCACAUGGAAGUGGUUCACAAUUGCCAUGGUGUCAGUAGAUAGCAGCUUUGCCGAUUACAGUAUGCUCUAACACAUGCUCAACUAUGGCGCUUCGGAAAUGAAAGUGCGAUAAUGUGAUACUCUUCUAGGCUUGAGAGCUAACAGGAAGUUGGUGUGGUGCAGAAUCAAAACGUUGAGGUGAUGAAGCUCACCAGGGACAGACUGACCUAAAAAUAUCCUAGUUGUCAUUCCCUCUGUCUGGUUGCUCAUAUUAUGGUGCAAGCUGCCAAAAGCUCGGUGCUACAGAGAGUUUGAUUGGGCAGACAUCUCUCACAACAGUAUUACAGAAUAACCAGUCUUUUCACAAUCCUUUCAUCCCCAAUAAUAAGCAUCUUUCAGGAAACAGCUGCUCCCUGUGGCCAUGUGGAGAAGCAUACAUAAAUACACAUGCACACACAAUAGCAUAUGUACAGAGGACCACAAGAGUGUAAAUGCUAAUCUUUUACUUGUCAUACUGCUAGAAAAUAUUUUUGCAUAAUGCUGUAGGACAGUAGCCGACCACGCUGCCAUCGCUGCUGCUUGUUUAGCUGCUUUCAGUGGAAAGUCGAAUAUUCUACCUAUAUAGUCUCAUGAAAUGUUCUUCUCUGGCAAGAUGACGUUUCAUUUGUGGUGCAACCAAAGCUCUAGGCUCUCAUCACUCACUGCAGCGCUCCUUGAUACUAAAGCACUACUGUGUGUGUGAAAAACAAGUCAAACAUUUGUAACAUAUCAGCUAUGCAUUGUAGAGCAUGACCGCACUUUGCAGUAACAGGCAAAAAAAAAUACGAGCUUCUUCCAGCCAUCAAUGAUGUUAAUGUUUAUUUGCAGAUGCACAAAAUCAACUAGGAUGUAAUGAGUGUAUACGUGAAUAUAUGAACAAUGUGUUGAGCGACUUUUAUAUUCCUACGAUUAAUAACAAAACAAGAUAAGAACAGUUAAAUAGAGUGCUUUGAAUGUAAAUCCUCUGACUCUGCAAUGUAUGAGCAGACACUGCAGUGAAGACUUUUCAUUGUAGGCUGCUCAGCACUGAAAGUGAACGUAUUCAUGGUAGCUUUCUGAAUGCUCAGGAUAAAGAAAGUACAGUACUUGUUCUCUGUAGCACUAAUACACUUCCCAAACUCUACAUUUUCUUCCGUUACAGAUGGGCAGAACUGUGCAACAUUGUACAUUGAAAGGAUGUAAAAACUGCAAUUACUGUAAAGGCACGACGUGCUAAUAAUGUAUGAACAUGUAUAGAUUCGGCCAAAGAUGGCAUUUACAGGCUAUAUUUUUAAGAAUGCUGUAAUGAGAUGAAUGAUACUGAAAAGUUUGAAGCGGAGUGAAACUGUUGGUUUGUGAUCGACUCAAAGAAUAGUUUGUGUGUUUUUGUUAAAUGGACAAUCACCACUCAAAGUUCAUAUUAGGCGUGAGCCAACAAACUUGGGUCAAAUAUGCUUUGUUGCCUAUUAGGAAAGAGUCGACUUAUGUAUUAUAUAAAUGUAUACACCUCACUGUAUUCAUUGGUAAAUAGACUAUAAACAUUCAGCCUAGCAUUGUCACGUCAUUGCCACUCAGUAUUUAAUCAUUCGUGGUCCCUGGAGCGCGUGUAUGUGUGAUUGACGGGAUGUUUCGAUGUUUGUGCUUUCAUAGUUUGACCACAAAGAUACAACCUACUGAUGUUAAACGAACAUGUGCACUGACGCCACAUAUCUAACUCACUUAUUGUAGUGCACCAACAGUAGUGCAGUGAGACAGAAACAGGCCUGGAUGUAGCUUCAGAGUGGCGUCUCCACGUCUCCGUGCUGAUCCUGAAGUGUCCAUCCUGCAUCCUAAUAGUGGAGGCAAGGCUGUGAAUACAAUAGAUGAAGAUGAAAUGACCAGUAGAGGGAGUGGGUCAGAAGGAUGUUGUUAACUCAGGGUAUCUGCUGAUUUCACUAAAGGAGUGCUCUUUAAUUCUUCCUGGAGUUAAACCUAAAAAGAUUAACAUCCGAAUUAAAAACGACAACAUAUAUUCAAAGAGGCAUAAAGUAAAUUUGGGUUCAAAUGAUUUGUAUCUAUGAGAUUUUAAGGCCUUAAGACUUUUCCACACUUCAGAUGAAUCUGCAGAUCCCCUGUCAACAGUGACAUCAUGUGUGGAAUCAGAUGAUAAAGCACCAGAGGAAGUAGUUCCACUUCUCUGCACCAUCAAACCGAAUCCUUCUGCAACAGGUACCAGAAACAUUCAUUACAGUUGUGUUUGUGAUCACACUGAAAUGUUCUUCAAUCUGCUCAAUUUUGUUUUGUAAUACUUUCACUGUAAAUGACCAUUACUGUGUAAAUCAAGGCAAAGCCAAACUGUCACCUCAAUAAAAGAAGCUUGAAGGAAA